AUGAGCCAUCAUCAAGUUGUGUAUGGGAAGCCACCCUCUUCAUUACCACAAUAUGUUACUGGAUCCAGUAACUUUGAAGCUGUGGAACAUGAAUUAAGUGAGCGGAAAUAUAUUCUGGAAAAACUAAAAGACAAUCUGCUCAAGGCCCAGUCAACUAUGAAGAAAAAUGAUGAUAUGCAUCAUAUUCCUCAUCCGUUCAAGUUGGGGGACCAAGUUUUGGUGAGACUAAGACCAUAUAGGCAAACUUUUGUGGCAGGGCAACGAGUGCAGAAGCUGUCCAAACGUUUUUAUGGCCCUUUCCCUAUUAAGAAAUGCAUUGGAGAAGUAGCUUUUGAGCUUGAACAGCCUAAAGAAUCCAAGAUACAUCCAGUUUUUCAUGCUUUUAAACUUAAACCCUUUCAUGGUGAUAUAGACAACAAGGAAUUGGCUUUAUCUUCUGCUUUGGUUGAAAAUCAACCAAAAUUAAGCCAUUGGCUAUUGUUGCAUCUAAGGUUGAAGGUGUUUUUCCAUCGGGAUGGGAAUGAUAUGGGCCAAGGGCAAGAGGAGGAAAUUGAAAUGGGCUCUAACCCAAAUGAGGAAUUAACAGACCAAUACAGUCAGCAUAUGAAGCCCAAAAGGAAAGGAGAGCAACCAAAGUGGAUGAAAGAUUAUGUGGUCAACAAUCCUAAACGCAAUAACAACAAAUACGGAAGAAAAUAG